GUCCUGGCAAAUCAUAGGUGGGGGAAAUGUCUGUACCAAGAUUCCAAAAAGUAAAUUUUGGAACAUAUGAUAAUUACAUUCCAGUCAGUGAAUUAAGCAAAAAGUCAUGGAAUCAGCAACACUUUGCCCUGGUAUUUCCCAAACCACCACGGCCAGGGAAAAAAAGAAGAUCAAAACCAUCCCAACUACGAGACAAUACAGUUCCUAAAUACGAUGAAGAGAAAUUAAAAGCAAGUCCUAAACGACCAUUAUGGAUGCACAGUUCUUUAAUGAGAAUUUCUGAGAGACCAUCUGUUUAUUUAGCUGCCAGGAUGCGGCCUCCACCUAAAUCAACCCAUCCCCCCAAGAAGGAUGCUAAAGUAGCACAUGUACACAAACCUGUAUCUCCAGCAAUAAGUAAGAAAGACGAAGAACACAAGAAGGCACACAUGAAAGACAAGUCAGAAUCAGAAACAGAAUCCACAGUUUCAAAGGAGCCAAAAAUAACUAUAAAGGAGCCAAAGAAAGAUAAGGAUACAGAAACAGGAACUAAGGGUGAAAAAGAUGUUGCAAAAACAGAUGCCAAAAAAGAGAAGAAAGGUACAAAGAAGGCUGAGGAGUCAGGUACAUCUAUAGAUUCUGAAGAGGGAAAGAAAGCUGCAAAAAAAGAUACCAAAAAAGAGAUGAAAGAUUCAAAGAAGGGUAAAGAGUCAGGUAUAGAAUCUGAAGAUGAAAAGAAAGAUGCCAAGAAAGAGGUCAAGAAAGAAAGGAAAGAUUCAAAGAAGAUCAAGGAGUCCUCAGCUACAGAAUCUGAAGGUGAAAAGAAAGAUGCCAAGAAAGGGGUCAAGAACGAUAAGAAAGAUUCAAAGGAUAAGAGGUCAGGUACAGAAUCUGAAGGUGAAAAAAAGAAUUCAAAGCAAGAUGACAAAAAAGAUAAGAAAGAAUCAAAGAAGAUCAAAGGAUCAAGUGUAGAAUCUGAAGAUGAAAAGAAGGGCACCAAGAAGGAUGAGAAAAAGGAUUCAAAGAAACCAGGAGAGAAAGGUGAUGAAUCAAAAACCGAGAAAGAAUCCAAGAAAGAUGCAAAGACAAAGGAAAGUAAAAAAGAUAAGAAAGAUGAAAAGAAGCCCAGUGGGACAGAUAUUGAAUCAAAGGAUGACACCAAGAAAGACACCAAGAAGAAUGCCAAGAAAGAUGCAAAGAAAGAUACUGACACAGAAUCUCCUGAUUCAAAGAAGGAAGCAAAGGAUGCAAAGAAGGAAGCAAAGGAUGCAAAGAAGGAAGCAAAGGAUGCAAAGAAGGAAGCGAAGGAUGCAAAGAAGGAAGCGAAGGAUGCAAAGAAGGAUGCAAAGAAGGAUGCAAAGCAAGGCAAGUAGGCCUUGGAAAAUAAUUCAAAAGAAUGUUUGAUAAAACAAUUUUAGUAAUCCUAUGAGUGGCCUGAGGCCUCAAUGAAUACAAUAAUUUUUAAAAUGGGGUGAAGAAGAAGACAAAGAAAGACUCAUGAAAUCAUCAUAAAAAUAUAAGGAACAUAAGAAAAAAUAAAAGAUGAUUCAUUGAAGGACUUGGAGGAUACUUAUGCUAAGUUUGGGGAUAUAAAGGAUUCAAUGAAAGAUCCCUAGAAAGGGUUCAAAGAAGAAUAUUCACAUCAGGAUGUAGAAGUUAAUGACAUCGAAUCUGUGGAUUCAAAACAAAACCAAGACUUCAAAAAAAUAAAUCCAAGGAGGUAGACAUUCAAUCUCUUGAAUCAAACAGUCUGAAGCUGCAUCCACAGAUUUAAAUAAAGAACUAAAGGAGUAUCAGAGGAAGUAAGAAAAAUUUUCAGAAAGUAUACUUUCACAAAUUACAAGUAACAUUCUUCAAAAAAAAAAAAUAAGAAACAAAGGAUGGAGGAAAGGAAGAGAGAAAGAAGGAGUGCUUCCUUGUGAACCUAUACCACCAUCCCUGAAGUGUAAACAGCCACAGCCAGGUUGAUGGAUGUUAAAUUCCACUUCUAAGUCAGCACAAACACACUUGAAUGCAGUAGCCCACUACUCUUCAUUUAAGACACAAAAAUCAAAAUUUUCCAAAUUACCAACCUCAACUAUUAUGUCAUCACGAUGGACGGACAAGAAAAACACUGAAGUCAAAGCAGAAUGGAAAAAUAUCAUUUCACAUCCAAAUACCACUAAUUCUAAAAGCAUUAGAAUAUAUGAAUUAUGUCUGGAGAAAAGUUGGCAAUAACAAGAUAAAGAAGCUUCAUGGUUUAUAGAGAGGAUAAAAGAAAAUGGAAUGGUUAAGUUCAGCCUCAGGAUAAAGGAAGUUAAAUUAAAAAAAAUAAAUGCCUGGGCAUUGGAAACAUACUUUUGUGGAGAAAACAGGAUUACAUCCAAACCAGGAGAACAGGAAAACAGCUUUAAUGGGAACGAUUCCCUAAAUCACCCAACGAGAAUGAAAUAAAGAUGAUGAUCAAGAUUAUGACCAUGUGAAGUCUAUCCAUCCGAAGCCUUACUGUGAAUUGCAUGAAGAAACUUCUCUUUCAUGACGUCCCCCUGCAGUGAAACAUACAGGAAGUAGUCCUGCCCACCCCACCCAUUCAAGGUUUGGCUUUCCAUAGUUUCAGUUACCCAUGGUCAACCAUAGUCCAGAAGCAGAUGUCCUCCUCCGACUUACUGUUAGAAGAUCAGUAAUGGCCAAAUGAUAGAAGAAUAGGAUCAACAUGUCUGCAGAGUUCUUCUGAGAUAUCUGUUCUUGGAUUGUAGACGAACUUUAUCCCUAUGUCGUCCUCACCUGCUUCUCCUCUGACUACCAUGAAGAUACACUGAAAAUUCUAACACCCUGGAGGAGUAUAAGAUCUCAUUCAGUUGUAAAUCUUCCUGUCAUGGGAGUUGCUUGCCAGCUCUAAUUUUGAAUGAACACAUUAAACACAAUGGUGAAAAUAUCAAUUAAAAAAUCUACUCUCCA